UUCCUCGCCCACGUCUUUCGUUCUAUCUUGAAUCAAACAAAACUUAUUUUUGCCUUCUCGUUCCAUAUAGUUUUAACUGAUUUAUCACCCACUCCGCAAGUGCUCGAUCUUCCCAUUCGCGUUCGUGCAGUGUGAUUUGCGUAUUACGAAAAAAAAAGUGUGAGUAGAUUCUUCGGAAGUGAUAAAACCCUAUUUAUCUAGUGGAACAGCGAGACUUGGGCACAAUCUAUACCCGGCGCACAAACUGCCAAUACAACUAUUUCACCAUCAUCGCCGUCCGUCAUAAUGACCGGAUGCAGAGGUGGUGGCGGCGGCGACGGCGGUAGGAGAUGUCAUCGGCUGCGGCAUUCUGUAAUGACCGGCGGCACUGGGCCGCAGCGACGAAUCGAUUGGAUUCGAUGGACGCUAAUUAUGCUAAUUUUGAUAGUCGGUCAAUGUGACUCACAGAUGGGCAGGAGGCGGAAUAGGAACGAACGGUGUCCUAGGGUUCGCGCCAUGCGCAACUUCGACCUCCCGUCCAUGAUGGGCUACUGGUACGUCAUCCAGUACUUUGCCUCGUCGGAAACGCUACCGGAGUACUCCUGCAUGCAGAGUUCGUUUGACACCUCAGACGGCCUAAUCACGAUGAACUUCACCUACUUCUUCUCGGAUGAUCCCCUGCGAAAUUUCCAGCAGGGUAACAUCACCUGGGUGAUUCCCAACUUUUCGCAGCCGGCCCACUGGAUCCACGCCGAGUGGACUUACGAAGAAAUCUACAACACCUACGUCAUCGACACCGACUACCAAUCGUGGGGCCUGAUAAUGCACUGCGCCGAAAAGACCAAAUCGCAAAAGUACCUCUCGGCGCUGAUGCUGUCGCGGACGCCCACGCUGACGCCGAAUGUGAUCAACUUCCUGCGGGAAAAACUUCCCCGGUACGAUAUCGAUCUGAGCUACAUGUUUGCGAUUCCGCAGGUAAACUGCUCCCACCGGGAGCUGGACCCCAAGACGUACUUCAAGUACGAGUCCGUUUGAA